CAGGAGUCAAACACGAGCGGGCGCCGGGCCGACCAGCAGUGACGCCGCCGACCCUGCAGAGAGCGGACCCAGAGUGACUGGCACAUCGCUGACAGAGCCGUCCUUGCAGCCCAUCUUCAGCAUGGCGAUCUCCCGGGUCGCCCUGGCACUGCUGGUGCUGGCGGCCACAGGGUCGGCGCAAACCUUCAUCAACUACUCCGGUGUGCCAAGUCAGCUGGGCCUGUUGCUUCAAGGCGGACACUCCCUGAGCCAGCGGGCGGCGUUCGGCACAUCGGACCCGUGCAACCCGACGCCGUGCGGCCCGAACACACGCUGCAGCAUCAACAGCCGCGGCGUUGGCGUCUGUCGCUGCCUGGACGGCUUCUUCCCCAAGCCGAACACCCUCGUCGGCUGCGGGCCGCAGUGUGUCAGCGACGGCGAGUGCGGCGGCCAUCGCUUCGUCUGCCGCAACCAGAAGUGCGUCGACCCGUGCGUGGAGGCCAACCCGUGCGGCAUCAAUGCCAACUGCGAGGUGCGCAACUACCAGACCCGCUGCACGUGCCCGCCCGGCUACGAGGGCAGCCCGUACAGCCGCUGCUCGCCCGCUUCCGUGACAGGGCGUUUUGGCGGUGUCGGGUACAGAAGUGCAGUGAGGGCGGCAGUCAUUGGAGCCUACUCGAACAGACGUGCCAUCGGGCCCGUGUACCGCGGCUCGGCCAGCAACGUCUACCGCACCAGGAACGCCAUCGGCUCAGUGACCUCGAGGGGACCGCCCGCUCCCCCGAGCGACCCAUGCGCCGGCAGCGUGUGCGGCACGAACGCCGACUGCGCCAACGUCAACGGCCGCGCCGUGUGCUCCUGCCCGGCCGGCUACCAGGGCGACCCGCUGGCAGGCUGCCGGCGCGGAGAGUGCACCCAGGACAACGAGUGUCCCCGGCACAAGGCGUGUAUUGACGUCACCUGCCAGGACCCGUGCUCGCGCGGCGUGUGCGGCUCCGGUGCCGACUGCAACGUAGAGAACCACCGCGCCAUCUGCAGCUGCCCCGUCAACCACAUCGGUGACCCAUUCGUCAGCUGCCGCUACGACCCAGCGGCGGCCUGCACGCCCUCGCCCUGCGGCGAGAACACCAACUGUAACGUGCAGAACGGCCGGGCGGUCUGCAGCUGCAUCCAAAACUACAUCGGCAGUCCGCUGACAGGCUGUCGGCCCGAGUGCAUCUCCGACGGCGAGUGCUCCAGCCACCAGGCCUGCGUCCAGAACCGGUGCCGGAACGCGUGCACGGGCGCGUGCGGCCAGGCGGCCCGCUGCGAGGCGGUCAACCACCGGGCCGUCUGCAGCUGCCCGCAGUACUACCGCGGCAACGGCCUGACCGGCUGCUACCCGGAGUGCACCAGCCACGCCGAGUGUCCGUCGCACCAGGCGUGCUACCAGCUGCGCUGCGCCGACCCGUGCGACGGCGCGUGCGGCGUCGGCGCCGACUGCACCGUCACUAACCACAAGGCCAUCUGCAAGUGCCCACGCGGCUACGAGGGCCACCCGUUCGACAGGUGCAGCCCGGCGCAGCCCAAGGACAUGUGCUCACCGAACCCGUGCGGAGUCAACGCCGAGUGUAACCCGGGCACGGACAACGCGGGCAGCCCGCGGCCCGUCUGCACCUGCCCGCGAGGCUACUUCGGCGACGCGCUCAGCUCCUGCACCCGCGGCGAGUGCGAGGUGAGCACCGACUGUCCGGCCAGCCAGGCGUGCUACAGCUACAGCUGCACCAACCCCUGCUUGAGCGCCGCCGGUGGCAACGUGUGCGGCACAAACGCGCUCUGCAACGCCAAGAACCACAAGGCGGUCUGCUACUGCCCGCAGGAGUACACGGGCGACCCGCUCACCGAGUGCCGACUCAAGCCACUCGCCCGGAGCAGCACCCGCCGUUUCAAGCGGUUCCUGGACGGGCUGCUGAAGUUCGCCAAGGAUCAGGAGGUGGAGGAGGAGUAAGAGACGGAGAGCAAGUCUCCGGUGGCGCCGGAGACGACACGAGGAGAGAAGCGAGGCGAUGGGGGAAGAGCUAGGGUGCGGAUGGAUGCCAACUGAUCGCCAGUGUGCGUGCCAACAACUCACUGCAUUAUCACUCGUAACUCAUUUCAUAUUAAGCAUGUCAUAGAUCUUUGCCGAUGUAGCUGAAUGUCCAUAGCCUGGUUUUGUGUAGGCGAACACGACUUGUAAAUAGUUCCGAUGGGUGGUCGUCUUACCCCCAAGACAGCGGAGGACGGCGUGAAAGCAACUAUCAGGUAGAUAAUAAGGUCACAAUUUUCACAAAUGUGCUUCUAACAUUCCAGAUGUUGAAGUUGUGCGGAUAUAAUACAUACAAUGUUGAGAAUA